GGGAGGGGGUGGCGGCGUCAUGGCGGCGGCGGCGGGCUCAGGCGCGGGCUCCUCAGCGCGGGGCUGUGGCGGCGGCGGAGGAGGCGGAGGCGGCGGCUCGGCGGCGGCGUCGCGGUGGUUCUUCAGCCGCGAGCAGCUGGACAACACGCCCUCCCGGCGCUGCGGCGUGGAGGCCGACAAGGAGCUCUCGUACCGGCAGCAGGCGGCCAACCUCAUCCAGGACAUGGGCCAGCGCCUCAACGUAUCUCAGCUGACAAUAAAUACUGCAAUUGUUUACAUGCACAGGUUUUAUAUGCACCAUUCCUUCACAAAAUUCAAUCGAAACAUAAUAUCUCCUACGGCAUUGUUCUUGGCUGCAAAAGUGGAAGAACAGCCACGGAAACUCGAACAUGUUAUUAAAGUAGCACAUGCCUGUCUUCACCCUCAAGAGCCACUACUGGAUACAAAGAGUGAUGCAUACCUUCAGCAAGCUCAAGAGCUGGUUAUACUUGAAACAAUAAUGCUUCAAACUUUAGGUUUUGAGAUUACCAUUGAACAUCCGCACACAGAUGUUGUGAAAUGUACGCAAUUAGUGAGAGCAAGCAAGGAUUUGGCACAGACAUCCUAUUUCAUGGCUACCAACAGUCUUCACCUUACUACAUUCUGUCUUCAAUACAAGCCUACGGUGAUAGCAUGUGUGUGCAUUCACUUGGCCUGCAAGUGGUCUAACUGGGAGAUUCCAGUAUCAACUGAUGGAAAACACUGGUGGGAAUAUGUGGAUCCUUCGGUUACUCUGGAAUUGCUGGACGAACUAACUCACGAGUUUCUGCAAAUACUGGAAAAAACACCUAGCAGGCUGAAGAGAAUUAGAAAUUGGCGGGCAACUCAGGCUGCUAGGAAACCUAAAGGUGAUGGACAGGUAUCAGAGAACUCGCUUCUUGGUUCGUCUUUGGUCCAGAAUUCCAUUUUGGUGGAUACAGUUACUGGUGUGGCUGCGAAUACAAGUUUCCAAAAACCAUCGACAUCAUUUCCUGCACCAGUACCUCUGACCUCAGGAAGUAUUUCUGUUCCAGAUAGUCAUGCACCUGAAAAUUUGGCAAUACUAGCAACCGGGAUGCCAAGUACCUCAUACAAUUUGGCAUCCCACCAGGAAUGGCCUCAGCAUCAAGAACAAAGCAGGACAGAACAAAUAUACUCUCAAAAACAGGAGACGUUACCUCCUAGUCAGUAUAAUAUGAACUUCCAGCCAGGGACGUCUGUACAGCUGCACUCGGGAGUACAUCACAGACCCGACAAACUUGCCGAGCAUUCUGCUGUCAAACAAGAGUAUUCUCAUAAGUCAGGAAACAAACACCACGGACAAGUUGCUGCUCCCGUAAUAAUUCCUCAAAAAAUGUCUCUGGAUAAAUACAGAGAGAAACGCAAACUAGAAACCCUUGAACUGGAUGUGAGAGAACACUACGUAGCAACCCCAGGCGAACAGCCACACAAAAAACACAUGCCGGCGCAGACAGCCAGUGGUGCUUCCGUUACGUCUCCUAUUAAAAUGAAAAUUCCCAUCGCGAACGCAGAGAAGCCUGAAAAACACUUGUCUGAUAAAAAAGAAAAGGGAGGCUCGCUCAAACUCCGCAUACCCAUCCCGCCCACAGAAAAGGGUGCCAGUAAGGAGGAGCUGAAAAUGAAAAUUAAAGUUUCCUCCUCAGAAAGACAUAGCUCAUCAGAUGAGGGUAGUGGAAAAAGUAAGCACUCAAGUCCACACGUUAGCAAGGAACACAAGGAAAAGCACAAAGAACACUCUUUAAAUCGCCACCACAGUAUGGGUCACAAGCACUCCCAUUCGCACAGUGGCAGCAGUAGUGGCGGCAGUAAGCAUAGUGCUGACGGCUUAACACCGACUGUUUUGAGGAGUCCCGUUGGUCUGAGUAGUGACGGCAAUUCCUCUAGUUCCGGCUCGUCAAGGAAGAAGUUGCACAGCAACGAUGCUUCUCACAACCACCACUCCAAAAUGAGCAAAAGUUCCAAAAGUUCAGGUGGGCUACGGACAUCUCAGCACCCUCGUGAAACUGGACAAGAAGCCAGUGGAGAACGGUCCUGAUGCCCAUCACCAGUACAGUACAAACAGCCAGCAUAUGGACUACAAAGACACAUUCGACAUGCUGGAUUCGCUGUUAAGUGCCCAAGGAAUGAACAUGUAGUCAAUUCUUAGGUGGUUUUUCUUUCCUUUUUUUUAAUUUAAGAAUUGUUAGAACGGAAAACUUCCUACUCUAGCAGUAGCAACACCAGCUGUUGCUGCCAUGGUUUCAGUAUAUGUAAGUGCUGCUUUAUCCUUCACUCUGAAAAGAAGAGGUAUAGUAAACGAGUCUUUAUCUCCACAUAUGAUAGUGUUAUAAAUACUGUAAUAGCAUGGAAGGUGCAAAAAUCUCAGUAUUUCUACAACUGCAGCUAAGAACAGUAGAAUGAACGUCUGCUUUUAGGUGCAUAGGAUGCCUCGAGCAUUGAUUAUUUAUAAUUUCGAAUACUGCAGCCACAACUUUUUGUUGCUUAGUUUUUGAAUGAGUGUAAUUGUUUUCUUGUGUAUUUAUACUGUAUGUAUGAUUUGCAUGUUUUGAAGAUAAAGGGAUUAAAACAGUAUACUGACAACUGUUUACAAGAAAGUGGAGAAAAAUGUACAUACAUUUUUGUAUGUUUAGAUAUACCAUAAAUACUCAGGAUUGGAGCUGCUUGUAAGUAUAACAAAAUACACAUAACUUUAUUUUAUCUUGUCAGAGUCCAUCAGUUAUCCAAACCAAGAUGGCACUUUGUCUUGUUUAUCUUUAUAAACUGUAGGCCUUAUUGGAAGCCACUUAAAAGGGACACUUCACUAGAGAAGGCAUCCAGUACCACGUAGGGUCUCCACCGCACAGUAUUACCCACGAGGCAGAAAACAGGGUGGGCCCCUGCUUGCUGACUGUGGCCAGAGCUUUGAAAUGUCCCUAAUUUCUUGAAGGAAAAAGGAAUUAAAAUAAAAGUUUACAUAAUCUCUUGAUGUGAAGUGCAUUUAAAUGUUUAUUGGCUUGAUGCAGUAAAAUAGACACAGAGCUGUUAAUAAUGGUUAUGUAGAUUUAAUGUGACUUAACUGCAAUUCAUAACUGUCAUGGUGGGAAAAUCAUCUUUUUUUAAGAAGUCAUAAUUUAUUUUAAUAGUAAACAAGGGUCACUGUUUCCAUUACCAUUUCAGAAUAAUAUCCAUGUUCUGAAAUCCAAAAAGUGUACUUGUGUGUGAUGCCAUAUUUCUUUUACAGGUGAAUGCAGUCUUCACAGUAAAUAAGAAUAAAACUAUUGAUAUCCCAACUUUAUAUUCCAACAAUAAAAUAGUAUUAAUUGAUUCUGUGCAUUGUACUUGUCAUUAGUUACCAAAUUGGAAGAUACUUGUUCUGUUUUUUCAGCUCUGUGGGGAAAAAAAAUCAGUCUCCCAGUUAAACCACUAGCAUACAUUUUUAUCUGCCUGCAAGUGUCAGUGUUACAGCUCGUGUGCUCUUUCCACAGUGUUUUGCUCUUAAAAAAAAAAAAAAAAAAGACAGGUGUGAAUGUUCACGUGUUCUCAAAGCCAAUACUACAGCUCAGCCUGGAUAAGUGAACCAACUUUCUGGGUUCUUACUCAAAACUAUUCAUAAGCUAUGAAGUACCUCAACACAAACUCAGUAUAUAGUAGCAACAGACAGUUCUUAGUCACUUAUUUUAACUCAGAAGCAAACAGGAUGUGAAGUAGGCUUUUGCUAAUUUUGCCAAGCCACCUCCUUCACUUAGUGCUUGUGUAAUUCUGUCAUCUCAGGUGUCAGACCUGACGCCUAGCCCUUCCAGUUGUGUUACUAAAGCGUGCUUUAAAUGGUAAAACUGCUCAAAACCUACCCAGAUGGUAGUUGCUGUAUGAUGUAACUACAGGUAUAUCAAUUACUAUGUAAUACUCUCUUUCCAGUAAUGCAAACGCUUGUAAUUACUUGAAUAAGUUUUAUUUGAACUAUGGAUACUUUUUUUUUUUACACUAAGGAAUAUUUAAAUGGAAACCUGAUGGCAUCUUCUGCUAAAUCUAACCUGAAAUCUUGGCCCAUGUACAAAAUGCAAAGCUGUCUUAUCCGUACUGUGGUUGUUUUUCUCUGUUCAGAAUGUAUUUAAACCCUUUGUUACAUUUCUGCAUUGUUGAGUAUUUUAUAUCCUUAUGUCGUCUGUUUCCUUUCUGUCUCAGCUCUAAUCUUAGGUCUGGCUUUUAGCAAAUGUAAUCUGCAUUAGAUACUGUCCUAGGCUAUAGCAUGGGCAGGUGGAUGAAAAAGCAGUAAGUUGUCUUAAUUUUGUCUUUAAAGCACUACACUGCUCUUCUUUUCAAGUCUAUUUAAAUAGUUGUGCCAUGAAAUGCAUCUUAUACAGCCACUUUGGAUAAGCAAUAUAUUGUACUGUAAAUAUAGCAAUUAAUGUCGUAAGUUGGAGUUGAAAUGUCUGGAUGAUAACUAGUGCCUGUCUAAUAUAAAUUGGAAAAGAGCAUAGGUCUUCAUCUUAAGGUGCUGUUUCAGAAUAACUAUUUCCUAUUUUGAUUCUAGGAAAUUGUGAAAUCUUGUGGACAAAAUGUUGCUAUGCUACCUUGAGAUCCAAACUGAUUUUUGGUUUCUCUGUAAAGAAUAUCCAUAAAACCCAUUGGUUUUGGUUUUCAAUGUGACUGUAAAUAUGUGAAACUGUACUUGUCUUUGUGUGCGGAACUAAAUUCAGUGUGGUGGGAGUAGGGGGUGAGAGGGAGGGAGAGGACAUGCAGUGAGAUGCCACUGAUGUUCCCUGACUGAAACCCACUGCCAAUUAGUGAAUCGUGUGAAUUGGGGCCUGGCUGAGGUGUGUGAAAUGAGUGAAAAUUCAUUCACUGAUCAGCCUCAACCUCCCAAGUGAAUGACUGAAUAAAUGCAAUAAAAGGCUAACAGACGACACUAUUACUCUGUUCAUCACUGAUUACAGGUUUUUUGUUGUAAAUCUGAGUACAUACAUUAUGUAAUUUUGUAAAAUUAAGCUUUAGUGCAGACCUUGCUAUGACACUAUUAAAAAUAUUCCCUUUUUGUGAGAUACAAGGUUUGUAGAAUAGUGAGAUUCUUUUGUACAUUGAACCUUAAUUCUGUUCCUAAUGGUGGAAGUGCUGAAGUAAUGUAUCUCACUGUGAUCUGGUACUUCGGUAUUUGCAUAAAACAGCAGUUCUGUAUAUUCUUUUGGCAAAUUGUAAAUAUAAAUGUUUCAUAUUAGCAUAGUUGAAUUUUUGAGGUACAGCCAUUUGUGUGAGAUUAGAAAGACUUUAUUUCUAAGAAAUUG